AUGUUUCUCCCUUGGGAACGGUAUUAUGACGGCCUAGAUGGACUCCCCUUCGUCAUCAAUCUUACCCUGCCUAGCACACCUUAUAUUCGGUCAAAGUGUUGCUUCAUGUCUACCUUGGUUGAGGGUUCACCUUGUGGCGAAUGCGCUGAACUCUCUGCAUAUGUCGACCACCUCUCCCAAACCGCACGGGAUCCAAAGCCUCAUACUAACUACAAGUAUCUAGGCCUUGCUAAUAUGCAAGACAUUGCACAAAGCUAUGCCGAUCAAGCUCGGCAAUUGAAACUGCAGGGCCUCAACGCUUCACGUGAGUAUAUUAGUGCUCUCACUAGGCUCGACGACUACCACCGCCUUCUCAUGGCAAUUUCUGAACAUGACAUUCCCCGCCUCCAACAAAUCAUCCAUGUCGCCUUGGGCAAUGGUGCCAGUGUCCGAGAAAUUAUCAACAAAUUGGAGGACGCUCUGGAAGGUGCCUACCGUCCACGGGGCUACGGUGCUGAUGAUCUGGACAUCGCUACACUAGUCUACCGACUUGGGGGCUGUCAACUCCUCUUCACAUUAAAUAAGAAGCUUAGUAUUCCGUCUCUACGCACCCCUCGCGCUCGAGCAGCCUUCACUACCAUCUCCCCCACCAUCGGCACUAUUCGCGACGAACACUUCGAUGCGAAUAUCCAGUCUGGUAUUCUUAGUACCCGUGGUGAUAUCACGCCACUUCAUGGAGUCAGUAUCAUGAUCGACGAGAUGGCUAUUGAAGAAAUGGCGGUACAUUAUAGCAAAUAUAACAAGAUAGGCGGACUCUGCUGGAAACACUCUAAUCUGAUAGAUCCAGUUCUUCGGACUUACGACUCUGCUGUCGCUAUAGCACAGAAAAUCCAUGAUGACGAAGAUGAGCUAUACCCUGUCCUAGUUGCACCCACAUGCAAGACGGAAGAUGCAACGGACAUGGAGGGUGUCCUCAAGUGUGCCUUGCAGCACUGGAAGGCAACUGGUGCAGAACAAACUGUCAGGCCUAUCUGGUCACUUGCAACUGACGGUGACGCCACUCGUCAUGCAGCAGGCCAUAGACUUUUUGUGAAGAAGCCCUUAUCCUCAGAGUCGCCACUAUAUGGUAUUCUGAUCAACAUGCCUGGCUUGAAUAUGUGGACAGGGGAUGGCCACGUAACGCUAGACUUUGAUCCAAAGCAUAUUUUCAAACGUAUAUGCACGCUGAUACGCUCUCCCUCAGGCAUGACACUCAACAAUGGACGGGUCAUUAAUGCUAUGAUGCUCUCUCGCUAUCUUGUAUGGCUGCCCGCUUAUGACGAAGCCAGUGUCACAAAACUACUGCAUCCUGAUGAUCCACAAGACGUCCCCCGAGCAGUAGAGCUUAUUAAAGCGAUUAUCGAGCUCACUCAGUCACAGCGCGACUUCCUGAACGACUCAUUUUCUCCCGAUGUCGAUAGACGUGCUGACUUGAUGUCUAUCGCGCUCCUCAGUGAUGUGAUCGAGUCUUUCCUCAUCCCCUUCAUCAAUGUCAAUCUUUCGCUCACGGAACAGGUCCAGUACCUCAGCCGAUUCGCUCAUCUUUCAUUCCCCUCUUCCGCUCUCACAGACGCUCCUUUAUGUCUUAUCAACUCGAAGCAACAGGUUCUUGAUCCGCAUGCUCCCUUUUUUCUUGGUGACUCUGGAGAUGACCGUCUGGAACUUCACUUUGGUUGUACUCGGAUGAUAGGUGGCCAUAACUCUGAAUGCUCAUUUUCACAGGUGAUUGACCGCUUGGGUGCCGCCAAAGAUAUUAAUGGUGUGUUCAAGCGCCAUCCUGAGUUGGAUCCAGGCCAUCGUCGUCUGAGCCUGGGCACCCGAGUCGAGGACAUAGACCACAUCAACCGUGAUAUGUGGAAAGGUGACAUCAUAUCUGGGCGUUGUGAUCUCCCAAUUGCCUGGCACAAUGGCCGGGAAAUGGCCAUUUCUAUUCUCAGUACUUCACAAAUCAAUCCUAUCAACUUCUCCUUCAUUGAGCUCUUUCGUGAUCCGGGUAUCGACAUGCUGCGCCCCUUUGGAGAAAACAAGUACUUUGGGAUUUCAGAGGCAGAUGAGGAACUCCCUCAGAGCCCACUUGCGCCCAUAAUCGCUUCCCAUGUUAACUUAGUACACCCAAUCCCAUCUGCCGAGGCUGAGUCUGAAGAAGUCAUGCUGACCUUCGAGGAAGCAUUGACUGCGGAGUCCAUCUCUGACGCUCCACCUACUGAUCACCUUUCGCUUCUCGUUGAUCUGUCUGCUCCUCCAUUGCCUGAAGGUCCAGGAAUACGUCCUGAUGACUACCUAUUGUUCAAAGGUCGGUGGAUUCACAAGCAGACGGUGUGCUGUCUCGUCAUCAAUAAGGAUUUCAUUUCGAAGUCUCACAAUCGACUGGAGCGGGUCCGUGCGGGUUACACCAAGGUCAACAAGCGAAUUGACAUGUCUGCUGGCCGCAUAACUGAUAAACACUCAUUCCUCAUUGGUGAUAUCUUCCUUACAAUUCUUCAUUCAGGUGUAACACUUUCUAUCGGCAUCCUGCGGUCCACACUCAUUACGUCGCUCAAUAUUUCUUGCGCAUCAAUGAAUAUUGCGGUCAUGAAGGCCUCACAGUCAACGGCUAAAGUUACAGGACAGCUUUUAACCAUCAUCCCAACACAUCCCUCACCCGAGUCCCCGACAUCUUUCCUGUGGAAUGGAGGCUACGUGAAGGCUCGCUCUAUCAUCCAAGGAACCGAGGAGUCGACAGAACGUGUCGUGGUGGUCAGCGUGCCUGGUUCACUUGUCAAACCUGUUAAUCCCAAGCCGAUGUUCAUCCGGUUUCAGGAUGACAUCAACGCUGACCAGUUCCAGGAGAUCAAAGGCGGGCAAAGCACUUGGCAAGUACGUCAAGAUGCACUUCAAGCUGCUUGUGACAUCUUAUGGGCGAGGGCUGUCGAAACCAAAGUCCCUCUCAAAUCCAUUGCGCAAGUUUCACCUUCAGACGUUGUCAUGUUCCCAUAUUGA